AUGGACCAACAAAUCGACACCAAACCACUUCAAGAUGAACACGGUAGACUGAUUGGAUACACUUGUGAGGGUGCUACAACAAAUGCCGCUGAAAUCAACGAGGUGGCAACUUCCUUUUAUUUUGGUCUGCAAUAUCCCAUUGGGCAACAAAAGGCUGCCGUCGAAUACAUUAAUCAAGCCUUGUUGGAACAUGUCGCUACAGACUAUCAUUUGAUAUCGGGAACCGCCUGCAAUGUUCUUGGUGACAUCAGUAGUAGUGGCAGCAGCAGCAGCAGCAGCAGUAGUAGUAGUACGACAACCACAAUAUCAUCUCAACAACAAGACCAACCAUCGUCUUCCUUGUUGGUAUCCAUCCAAAGCGAUAUAAACCGGGUCGAACUCGGUCAAUCCUGCAGGGACGAAAGCUCUUUCUUUGAUCCCAGUCUACAAGACUGUCAAACGUCACAAUUGAUAUUGAAAGGCUUGGUAUGGAAUGCCUCCACAAUGCCCGAUGUUAUUUCCACUGUGGAAAAUUGGUUGCAACAAGAAGGCACAGACGAAGAAUCAUUAUCAUUCACAAACAAUAACAAUCCUUAUUAUUCCAUUCAUUAUUUGGGUGGCCAAGAGUUGGAAGAUCAAAUGGUCAUUAGUACGGGAUCCGGUCGACCCAACUAUCCAGCCUACCAAAAUGAAGGUGUGGAGAAUGACGCGGCACCCAACCAAAAUUACGUCACGGGACUGUCCAAAAUGUCACCACUCGGCAAAGGCAUGGUAUGCUUGUUGGUCUUGGCCUUUUUGGGAUUAGUUUUGGCCUUUGUUCGCAAACAAAAGCUUCAAAAGAUUCGGGACGAGGAACGCAAAAGACAGCUGGCAGCAAAUUCCAACAAGGAGAAUGAAAUGCCGGUACCUGAACUAGAUGGCAUAUCAUCGUCCUCAUCACCUUCCAGCAAGGGUGACGUUUCGAGCAAGGGCGAGUUGUCCCUGACGGGAAGUAUGUCGGCCGGGUCCGCAUGA